AUGCUUGUGAGGUUUUUAAUUCUCCUUGUAGUUGUGCUUGGCACAGUUUACGCCCAAACAUUCAACUGCAGUGGUGAUUAUAAUCCAUCAGAAUAUAUUGGUAAACUUCGAGUUCCAAUCGAUUGCAAAGUUGAACAGCUGGACUGCCCAGCCUCUUGGAAGUCUGGAAUACCAAAAGGCAGCGAAACAUCGGCGCCAAUGAUUGACCAGCAAUUUCUGAAUUGUCAUGAAGGUUUUACUUCGUGUGGAUACGUCCCGAUCGAUCCAAAAUCUGGUGAAGUCCCUGGACAAAGUGGCGUUACGAUUGGUCGUGGUGUUGAUGUUGGAAACAAGUCGAGGGCGUCUUUCACGUCAUUGUCAAGUACAAUUGUUAACAAACUUGACCCUUACUUUGGUUUGAAACGAAAUCUCGCAGCUUGUGCUGUAAUCGAACAUCGUUUGAACCUAACACUAACGGAGGCAAACACUUUGACAGAUGCUGCUACAAACGAUGUAGUAAAUGAAGUUUCAAAAAGAUACGACAACGAUAAAGAUGGGAAUGCGCUGGCGUUUGCAUCAGUUCCUCGCGGUAUUCGUACAGCCAUCGUCAGCGUUUGGUAUCAGUUUAAUUAUCCUUCUGCUUAUCCAAAGUUCUGGGGAUUUGUGACGAAAAAUGAUUGGGACAAUGCGAUAAAAGAAUUGAGAAAUUUCUACAAGAAUCCCAAGGAGCAGGCUAGAGGAGAUUUGAUCAGACGAAACAACGAAGCAGACAUAAUUGAAGCGACUCUUUUGGAAUGCAACCGCUCUGUUGACGUUGUUUUCUUGAUAGACGAGUCUGGCAGUGUUGGAAGAACAAACUAUCAAAAAAGCCUCGACUUUGUAACGAACAUGAUAAAAGCGUUUCCAGAUGAUAAACUCAGCGGAAAAGAUGGUACCAGAUUCGGUUUGUCCACAUUCAGUUUCAGGUACAGCUCACAUUUCUAUUUAUCAACCUACACAAGUCAGUCAACUUACCUUUCUGCAGUUAAUCGCGUUUACUACUCCCGUGGAAGUACCUAUCUUGGUUACGCUCUUAAAGAAAUCUUAACCGAUCAAUUCACCGAAGAACGCGGUUUGCGUCCAGAAGUAGAUGGCGUACCUCGUAUUUUGAUUGUUCUAACGGACGGCAAAUCGGGGGACAGUGUUUCAAUCCCAGCAAAGAAUGUGAGAGAUGAAAAUAUCGUUGUUUAUGCGAUUGGAAUCGGCAAUUAUGAUCUUGCACAACUUAAAGAGAUUGCUUCUUCUGAGUCACAUGUUUACACGCUGUCUACUUUUACCCAACUUGAGAAAUUUAUUUCCACGCUAACGGCGUCAACAUGCUAUGAACCCCGUUCUGCGUCCCUUAACGCGACCAUUAUAACCGAUGUAGAAAAAGAUACGUAUCAGUAUUUCAGUUACAAAGUGAAGCCAUCUUCAAACCUCGAGAUCAAUGUGGUCGAUUUAUCUGGUAGCACGUUUGUUUACGCCUCUCGCACUAAUCCUCACCCUUACGAGUACGACUACGACAUUGUCUACGACCUUUCAACCCAAACGAACAAAAUCAUCGUCAUUUCACCCAUUACACCUGUACGAAAUACAAAGAUGAAACGGUCAGCCGACGACGAGCUCACACGACAAAUCUAUGUAUCGGUAACUUCCGACACCAACUCGGCUUCGUUCAAGAUUGAAGGCAACGAAUGUAAUCCCUUGAACUGUACGGAAGGAACAAAUCAAAUGCCUACAACUCAGCCUCCCACUACUCACCUUCCUACCACUAAGCGUCCUACAACUACUACUGCAAUACCUCCUGCUACUGCAACACCAACUGCUACUGCUACAACACCGACAUCCUCCGCUCGUGUUGUUGUUGCUACAAAGUUCGCCGUGGUAAGUUUUGCGAUGUUGAUGAUGCUUUUUGAAAUAUAUGACAUUUGAACAUUGUCUCGUUUGUUUCUUAAGAUACAAACAGGCGAGGAUCUUUCUUUAUUAUCAUAUUUCUUAGUUGUAAACAUUAUAUAAUCAAUGAUCAUUUCACGUACGUUAAUUUCAAGCAAGGCUACUUUCCAGUUAAGCAUGUACGCACAGAAAAGUUCGCAUCCAUAUAUGUCCCAAAAAACCCGAAAACUAUUGAAAUCACCAAUAACAAUUUAAUUGUUAGAAUUUGAAUGCCUUAGCACUCUGUUGGUUCCCACGAGUGCAUAAAUGAUCAGUGGCGGCGCCAGGCUUCCAAAUUUGGGGGGCAUUUGAGGGGCAAACUCAAAUUUUGGGGGGCAAGAUAGAAUUUUUAAAAAGGUCCCCCCCCCAGGAAAUUCGCCCCCCUCAAAACGUGGCGAUAUUCCUAGGAAUAUCGCCCCCGGGGGGCGAAUAUCCUAGGAAUAUCGCCUCCCAGGGGGGUGGGGCGAAUACCCUAGGAAUAUCGCGCUCUUUAGGACAUUCGCCCCCCAUAUAUGCGAUGUGGUUUAUUCAAAUAAUUUCGUGAUACUUUCAUCUUAUUAGUGCCUUACACGUUUGAGAAUUUAACUCUGCAAAACUAAAGCUUUUUUGUCUUUUUUUUUAACGUAUUAUUGGAGUAUUCGCAAGUUUUACCAUUCAGAGACUUACAAACUAAUAUUGAAACUGUAAAAAACAGUUUCAUGUAUACGCGCAUUCACUAAUGAGUAAUGACAACUUAUAAGCCAUACAUUUUCCGAUAACGACAAAACGCUUGUGUAGCAUUUAGUCGCUCUUAGUGAUUAAUAAUUUUUUUGGAGGGGGGGCAAGGCCAGGAGUGACUAAGGCCAGGAAUGAUCAAACUUCAAAGAAAGCUAUUUUUUAAAAUUAUGAAGCAAAUUUUGAAAAAUGUUAUUAUCAGCAUUCCAAACGAUAUGUGAUUCGAAAUAAAAGUGACAAGUACUUGCGUUAAUAAAAAAUAAAACAUCGUUUGCACGAAGGUAUGUGGCAAGUUUUAUAUUCUCAACUUGGAGGCUUUUAAUUUUCGGUAUAAUAUAUCAUUUAUAGACCUGGAGCGAGGGGAAUUCGGCGAAAUAUUACCCGAAGCGAUGAUAUUUCCAUCAAAACAAAGCCCCUCGUGUUACACGUAAUAUGAAUGUAGCUCUUCCUUUUGGAAAACUCUUACAUGUAUAAGAAAGAACUGUAUUUCAGGUUUAAAAAGUGAAUAAAUGAAAUUAUGGGAAGCGAAAGAUACUGUAGAGUAUUAGAUUAUGUUCUACUGUAAAGUCAGUUAAUCGAAAUUCUUUCGAUUCUCUAGUCUAUAAAAUAGAGCAUCGUCAAUAAUCUUGAAAACAAAACAUACAAUACCUGUCUACACGUGGAUCACUUGCUAACCGUGUUACGUUAUCAAACAGUUCAUCAGUUUGAUUGAGUGAACUUCCGGUCAACUAAAAAUGCAAAUAUAGAACGGGUUACAAUUCCAUUCAGGUCUGACGUUUCUGAUUAAACAACAAAAUGUGAGUAACAUCUUCCUUCCCUGUAGUUUAAGGGACCGGUUAUAAAGUAUUUACUAGGGGGUGUGGAGGAUAUUUUUGGGGGGUAUGAAAAAAACCCAGAACCUCUGAGGGGGGGGUACGAAAAAAACAAUAGAAUCUCUAGGGGGUACCAAAAUCUUAGUACUAUAGGUACGGGAAAAAAUAAUUUUAUAAUUAUUGUUGAAUAUUGAAGGUAUUUGUGCCCAGAUUUAAGUUUGGAAAGAAUUGUUUUACUAUAAUUAUUAUUAAAUCAACACAAAGUAUAUAUGUUUCAGUCUGACUCAAUAUGUUUCAGUCUGAGUACAAAUCUGAACCUGUUAAUGAUUGGAGGGGGGGGUAUGAAAAUUUUCACUUACAUUGAAGGGGGUUACGAAAAUUUUUCCAUAGGUUUUUGGGAGGGUAUAUAUGUACUUGAACUUUGUACUUGAAAUUUCAUUUAUCCUCCACCCCCCUCUUCUCUCUUUUUUUUUGCCGUGAAACUCAAUUUGCACGCUACUCGUAGACUAGAUCUUGAAAACGAGAACAUCGAACUUGUUGUUAUAGAACUUGCUAUUGAAAACAGCAAAACUGCUCUCCUAUACACCUUCUACCGCCCUCCUGAUUCCGGCCCUGAUGUCUUUCAACACCUGAAUUUAUCACUUCAAAACACCUCCGAGUCUACCUGCAUCGUCCUUAUUGGAGACUUUAAUCUUCCAGCAAUCGACUGGUCUCUUGAUCAACCAACUCCCGCAACUAAUGGUGGGCAGCUCGAAGAGUCAUUCUGUGACUUAGUUGGUGAUAAUUUCUUUCAACAGUUCAUCAAAGGUACAACCCACACUGGAGGAAACAUGCUUGAUCUUCUGCUAUGUAACUGUCCUGAGAUUGUCAAAAAUAUUUCAACAUUCUCACCUGAGCAACUAAACUUCCCGACGGACCAUCACAUCAUAGAAUUUCAAAUUCAGCAAACUUUCUGUCGCGCCAAACCAGUUUCGCGUAAUGUCUUCGCCUUCAACCGUGGGAACUUUGAUGAUCUUCGUAGUAAUUUAAUACAGGAACCAUUCCAAGCAGUCUUUACUAACAACAUUAAUGAAUGCUGGAUACAAUGGAAAAGUUGGUUUUUCAAUGCAGUACAUAAAUUCAUCCCAACAAAAACAGUUAAGGACACGUACUCAGCACCCUGGAUUGAUGGUGAAGUAAGAUCACAUAUCCGAAAGAAGUACGUAGCUUUAAAAAAAUAUCGACAAUGUCGAACUGACCAUAGAAAACGGAAUCUACGCGAACUAAGUCAAACAAUAAAAUAUCUAGUGAGAAAAAAACAUCGUGAUUAUCUAGAUAAAAUUAAGGACUCGUUUCGCGAUAACCCGAAAUUUUUUUGGUGUUAUCAUAAGGCCAUAUUUCAUCAUAAAUCGACUCUCAAUCCCGUCAUCUCCUACAAAGGCAAAGUGGCAAAAACGUCUGCCGAAAAAGCUGAACUCUUUAACUCAUAUUUCUCUUCCGUUUUCCAAUCUUCUCAAUCUAACCAUCCUAGGAGUCAUGCCUUCGAUUCUUCGCAAUUAAAAACCGACUUACAACUUAGAGAAAUAACCGUUGACGAGGAAGAAGUCUCUAACCACCUGGCCAAUCUAGACGUGACAAAAGCAAGCGGUCCUGACGGUAUUCCUGCGCGGCUUCUGAAAGAAUGUCAUCAACAAAUUGCCCCAAGCCUGUGUGUCCUUUUCAACGCCUCUCUCAAAUCUGGUUUUAUUCCAUCGGAGUGGAAAUCGGCAAAUCUGACCCCCAUACAUAAAAAAGACUCGAAAGAACCAGCAGAUAACUAUAGGCCAAUCUCGUUAUUGCCUAUCGUUAGCAAGAUCCUGGAACGCUGCGUUUACUCAAGAUUUUAUGACCAUGUUGCUCACCUCAUCAGUCCAUCCCAACACGGCUUUCUCAGAAAUAGAUCCUGCGUCACCCAACUCCUGUCUGUCCUCCAGGUCAUCGGACAAGAUCUAGACAGAAACACUCAGACUGAUGUAUUGUACCUCGACUUUGCCAAGGCAUUCGACUCUGUAGAUCACACGAUCCUCCUAGCUAAACUUCGUUGUUACGGUGUGACUGGCUCAGCUCUUGAUUGGUUUGUUAACUACCUUAAUGGUAGGACACAAAGAGUCGUUAUGGAUGGUGCGACUUCGAAAUGGUCUUCCGUUACUUCCGGUGUGCCUCAGGGAAGCAUUCUAGGACCCCUGUUGUUUGUAGUAUUCAUCAACGAUCUACCCGACAUCGUAGAAGCCCGAACCGGUACAGCUCUGUAUGCAGAUGACACCAAACUGCACAAAACCAUUACCUGUAAUCGUGAUUGUGCGUCUUUACAACACUCUCUAUCCAAUCUUAAUCUCUGGACUAUGGAAAACAACCUCCGCUUCAACGUCUCUAAGUGCAAAGUUCUCACCAUCACCAGAAAGAAAAAUCCUAUCAUUCAUGACUACACUCUUGGGAGCCAAAACCUGACUCGAGUAGAUAGCGAAAAAGAUCUUGGAAUUACCACCACAUCAAAACUUUCUUGGGACAUUCACGCGAACACCAUCGUCGCGAAGGCCAACAAAAUAUUAGGCGUACUUAGAAGAACUUGUACCAAAUUGAUGGACAUGAAAAUCAGACGAACUUUAUAUUUAUCGUUGGUCAAGUCCCAGCUGUGUUAUGCUACAGAGGUAUGGUCGCCGGUUAACAGCGUCCAGAUUUCAAGACGUGUUGAAAAAGUGCAAAGAAGAGCUACUAGGUGGAUAACAAUGACAAAGCGAGGAGAACUGUCGUACAGAGAACGGUUAUUAGCAUUAGAUCUGCUACCGUUAACCUAUGAUCGAGAAGUCAGAGACUUGGUGUAUUUCUUCAAAUCAUUGUUUAGUUACAUUGACGUCAAUAUCGAUAACUAUGUGUCGUUUGUGGGCCAUGGUCGUACUAGACUGAGCCAUAUGUCAAGAUAUAUCCUUCAAAGUAAACUCUGUAAAACUAAUACUUUCCAGUCUUCAUACUACAAUCGUGUUGUAAAGAUUUGGAACACAGUGUGCCAAGAAAUCUCACCUGACAUUUUCCGUAAUCCAAACUCUUUUAAACACUAUCUUAAACGUAGAUACUAUACAUUAAUUAGUAAUGUUUAUGACGUAGACAUGGCUUGUACGUGGUCAUUAAAUCGUGACUGUCCUUGCCAUAGGACUUAAUACCACAAGUAAUAUAUAUGUGUGUGUGUGUGUAAUUAAUUAACUAUAUCAAAACUAAUUACGGGGAGCACCUCGCAUGGGACUUUUAGUGUCCCGUUUGUGCUUUUCCGUUUGAGUGUAUCUACUAAUUUGUGAUUUGUGACGUGUGUUUUGUCUUUCGUUUGUCAAGUUUUUUAUCUUUGUACCUGAUAUAGUACGUAUGUAGAUUGCUCAAUAAAUUCAUUAAUUAAUUAAUUAACUCAUUCGCGAAAGCCUUUUCAUAUCCAAGCUUAAUCCUACUUUAAAUGCUAACAUUAGGUCAACUCCUCUUGACCUUUUCUAAUGCUUUGCUAGGUCUCUAAUUACUAUAAACCAUUAUUUCUUUAAUUUACUAAUACUAUUGCUUUUAAUGACAGGUUGUUUUUCAUCCUUCCUCUUAUUCGCUUAUUUGAAUGCUGUAACCGUUUGAAACUAUUUGUAUAUAUAUAAUACACGCUUGUAAAUAAGUUUAAUUGCUCUGAAGAUGUUGUGAACAAUACAACGAAACGUUAGCCAAUAAAUUUUAUAUUUUGUUAUGUCUUGUCUGAAAGUCAUUUGCUGGGCUUUAAUUUUCAUUUUUAAAUUUUGUCACUAUCAAACAAAUUCGCUCAAAAUGAAUGAUGAGCACGAGAUUUGCCCACAACAACACCCAUAUAGCUUUUCUACUGAUUGUGCUUAGUCGUAUUAAAGAUAUACAGCUUUUAGGGCUAAAUCAUUACGCAUACAUGAUGCAGAAAGCGGUUGGUCCUUUGCAUAUCAUACAAAAUGAAAUAUCUUCGAAAGGAAACAAGAAAACAAAAAUAUAUCAAACAAUUAGUUACUCAACAGUUUUCAUUGAUGUUUCAAAUUAGCCAAAAGAAUAACACUGUCAAUUUUCAAGUCAUAUGCCCUUUAAAUAAGGAAUCGGUACAAAUUAUCUUAUUUUACAAAUCGCAUUGUUGUUUCCAAAGGACAGUGCUAUAAAACAUUGAAACGCAUUCACACGACAGCGUUUAAAAUAUUUGCUGCAGAAACUUUAUUGCGAGAGAAAAUCCUCUAA